ACAAGCCCAAACUGAAAACAAGAAAACGGUCUGCAGCACUAGCGGCAGGCGCGCGCGGCUAUCUGGCACGCACUGUGCUAGACGGCGUCUCUUACAUUUAUCGCAGUAACGACUGUGGCAUAAUGUGUAAGACCGUAGUUAAAGAUGGCUAGUAGACAAAUAUCCCCCGCCAGCUGUUUAGUGCUGUGAGCAGCUGCCCAACCAAGAAACCGCGAUGGAAAUCGAUAGCACCACUACAGUUCACAAGGUGCACUUUCCGGAGUCCUUGGAUGCGUUCGGGCACGACUCCAGCAUACUGGUACAGCCACUUAACGAAGUCCACAUCAACGUUCACCUCGGAUUUAUUCAAGUGAACCAUAGAUACGAAGUGCGCUUCCAGUUUGACAGCCCUCCACAUCUAGGUAGUCUUUCAGUAAGGACACAGGACCCCCCAAACCUCAACCUUAGGGUGCUGGAACUGAAGCCAGUGAUCUCUUCAGGGCCCAGGUAUGAAGUCGUUCUGGAAUUGCUUGCCUAUAAAGAGAAACUACUUCGAGAACAACUUCUGCUACAGUCCUGCAACAACCCACUGCUCACUCUGACACUCAUGCUCAAUGCCAGGGUCCUUGGCUGGAGUUAUUUUGGAAUCCUGCAGACUGGAAGGCUGCACUUGCAUGUGCAACCACCACAAUGCUCAUCUCAACAUCUGGUGACAUUGAGGUUUUAAACAAGUGCUGACACAUUUUUGAAGUUGUAGAGAUCACCACAUGCUUCUUGCAUGUAAAAAGAUGACUCUUAGCAUGUAUGAAGGUAUAAAAGCAACGGUAAAAUGUUUGAAUUUUACACUAAAGUUGGCAUUGAAAUGCUGUACCUGGUGACAAUAUCACACAGAGCAAAGUUUGGAAACAUUGUGCAGCAAUAUGGCUAAACAUAACAUUCGUUCCUUUUGGCUGUGCUUGUGUGCCAGCCACAGCAAUCGCAGAAGUAUCAUGGCGCAUCAGCCUCCUAAUACCGAAACUGGUUCAUAGUUUGGAGAAAAAAAAAAGUGAAAAUGUGAAGUCAGUACUCCUUCAAAAAUUAAUCUACAAGGGCUUAAAUGUGCACUUAAAUCUAAAAAAAAAUACUACAGCAUUUUUGCAUUCUGCACCCUCCAUCACCAUAGCUGGAAAACAAACCUGAGAACUAAGUUGUCAUUGUUUGCUAUUGUGCUGAAACUUUCAUCCCCUACCCUAACAUCAGUGCCAAACAUUCACUCAGGAUAGGCAUUGAAGGGAGAAGAGAGAAUUCUGCAGAGAUAAAAAUGGCUGCUUGCAGCUAUGAAUUUAUGCGGAUACCCUGGUCGCACAGCACUAAAACAUAUGGGCAGUGCCCCUGUGGUCUCUUGCUCUUGGAAACUUGAGCUCCUCUGUGCAGGUAAAAAGACCCCACAGCCGAAUGGAGAGUUCGCUUGUCUUAAGAGCAAUUGAGAGAUAUUUCACAUCUGAAUGCAAUUGACUGGCAUUAAUCUUAAAUGGGCAUAAAGUUCAAAGACAACAGCAUUCAAAUGAUUGUUGAGAUCACUAACAAGGAGUGCUAGCAAAAUUUAUAUUGAAAUGUGGCAGGAAGGUUGAUUGUUAAAAACACAUGUGCAGUCUAGUACUACUACUGGGUAACAUCAGUACCAAGAAACAAGUCCAAGGGUGCACGAAACCUUUAAAUCCGUCUCAAGUACCCAUUUGCAUUAUUGCUACAUGGAUUGACACACUUACAACCCAAACUUGAUUGACAGGUUUGGCAGCUAAUCAAAGGGGCUAUCAGAAUUAGGCCAAAGUUCAUGAAAUUCAACAUAACAUUUUAUAUGCACAGAGGAAAUGCAAGUGCACAUUUCUAGAUUUAAUGGAAAAUUUUUUUUUUUUGUUUAGCAGCAGACUAAUCAUGGGAUGAGGUAAGCCUCAGUUCUUUUAACGUGCAACAAAUGGUUAAUUAUACCAUAUUUAAAAAGAACUGAUUCAAAAUUGUGCACCAAGUAAAGCACAGCUUUUGGCAUGUUGAGCAGGACUUGUACACACAUAAAAAAAAUUGGAGGUGGUGAAUGCGUGGUAUUACAAACCGCUGGCGCACUUGUUUGAUGGCCAAGUGCAGUGGUCGCAGGUCAUACCGUGAUUGUCUUGCAGAAAGCUGAACUCGUUACGCACUCAAUACAGUAAUAUGGGAGAGGGUGAAAAAAGUGCUCCUCACUGAGAGAAGCAAUAGCAGAGGAUGAUGCUUAUCCUGUGUUGAAUGCAUAAAGGGCAGAGUGAAGAGUGUAUGUAAUUUGGUGUGUGCAUCUCAAACUGAGGCCCUACACCAUGGUUAGAGUUGGCAGCUGCACAAGAUGAAAUGUCUGUGCUACCCCUUUAAGCUAACUGUGCAGAUGCCACACUCUCUCAGAAGUCGGUUAAUUUCGCUUAACCUUAAUAUCUGCAGCAAUCUAAAAGCUACAAGAUUUGUGCUGCUGCAACAGCAACAAUAAAGCUGGAAUAAAUGGGUAGCAACCAUACAUGUCUGCAGAAUAACCCUGUGUCAACUUUUUUAAAUGACAAUUGCUAAUUGCAACACUUUCAAUCUUCACAUAGCUGAUAACCUCCAGGAAAAUAGAGGUGCAGCAACAUUGUCCACAUAGUAAGACAGUCCUCGUGGCCUCGACUAAUAAUGGAAGUUGCAUAACCCACGAACCCAAUGAUGGACACAGAUAUCAUUGGGCAUGCUCCAGACCCAAGAUAUUUAUUACAAGCAAAGUACUCAUCACAGUUACUUAAGUAAGCUUGAAACAAAUGUAUAGAAAGUGGGACAAAACACAUUCAAUUAUUCUGUAAAGCGAGUGUUUGUGAAUACAAGUUAAAAGUUAAAACAAAAAUUGCAUGUAUGCAAAAUGUGGAAUGGUAGAAAAAUAAUCUGGACUACAUGGCUGGUGCUAACAUGCAUUUGUAAUUGCUAGGCCCUAAGUUGCGCUAAGGCCCUAAGGCCCUAAUGUCCUAAGUUGCGCAGUAAUGGCUAGUAACACGUGUAACCAGUACACUACUCAAU